CGCGCUGCGGGACAGGAGCACGGACGCUGAGAGGAAGCAGAAGCUAAUAGUUAGCAGCUAGUAGUGAGUUUAUGCUUUAGUUCAACUUGCACACUGUUGACGUGUUCACGCACACGCUUAGAUGCGCACGUGGUGCUGUGCUUUGGGGUGUCGUCAUGCACGCGCUGUGCUCGUGUCUGUUGCAGCAGUUUUAAUGCGUGUUAGCCUUAUGCUAAGUAUUAGCGCGAGGAGCUGUUUACCAGGCUGCUGCAGGAAGGGGCGUGGUUAAAGUAUUCAUGAGCGGACCUUGUGAUUCGUCGACUCUUUGAGGGGCGGGGUUGUAUGCUAAUGAAAGUUUGAAAGGGAGCGCAGACAAACGCACAGAUUGUAUUUGUUUUAAUGCGCAGACACGGACCCGGUGACAGGACCUGGACUAUCUGAGGACGGGCCGACAGGGUGGACAAUGCUGAAGAUGUCAUUGGACAAAGAAACGGUCAAAUCGCUGCAGGAGCUGCCCAUCAAAGUUAGUCCCACCUUCACAACAAGCCUCAGCCUAUCAGAGCAGUCCAGCUUGACAAAGUCACGCCCACUCCACCCCAAAAAUGGCUUCCAGUCUUCAAAUAACAAUAAUCAGGUCCCUGUUGUUUCCAACGCACCCCCUCAGCAAAUCGCAAAGCGCCGCUAUUCCAUGGGUGUCGGCUUCAAGAGGAUGGCCAAACGCCGUCGCCGUGCCAACAGUGACAACCAAUCAGAGCCUGUGCUGCCCAGUCACUUCCUGUUGGGUGGAAACAUCUUUGAUCCGCUGAACCUGAACUCGCUGUUGGAUGAAGAGGUCAAUAGGGUGACCAAUCAGGAAACUCCCAAGUGUUCCCCCCUGCCAUCUCGGGGCAGAGACCCUGUGGAGAUUCUGGUUCCCCGUGACAUCACAGACCCCCUCAACCUGAAGGGGGAUGGGGAGGGCAUUGAGGAUGGGGGAGGAGUCCUCCUGUCCCCCCUGAAGACCAGGAAGAGGCACCGGAACCGGCACCAUGGGGGCGGGGUUCCAGGAGAGCGGGAGGGGAUACCGGGCCGUCUGUUUCGCCCCACGUCAGUACCAACAUUGACCAGAGAGGGCAGUGUUCAGAUGUCACCAAUGCCCUGUGAACUCAACACAGCAAUCACCUCCCGAGAUGACUUGGCCCCACCUCCCAUACUACCCAGGAGACACACCCACCCUCCAUCAGGCCACGCCCACAAGCAUUGUAACCAGGGAGACGGUCGCCAACGCAGACGGCGUCGUACGAACUCGGUGAGGUCAUCAGAAGGGGCGGUCCGUGCGGCUGUUACAAUGGCUGCAGCUCAGCCAACCAAAUUUCAGACUCCUUUGGUGGGAGGAGCUAGAGGCAGCAGGUGUGGAGGACUUCAGCUCAGUGCCUCGCACCCACCACCAAAGAAGAAAGACAAACACCGCUACCAGCAUGGCAACCACAGCCUGUACUAUGGUUACCAUGGUUGCUAUGGUGACAAGUUAGAGGGACGUGUCGGGGCAGAGGAUGACUCACGGUUGGGGCUGCUGGAAGCCGUUUGGUUCAGAGAAAAACGUGUGCUGGAUAUCGGCUGCGGCGCCGGACACUUGACGCUGGCGGUCGCCCGCCAUUUUUGCCCCGCCCACAUCCUGGGAGUGGAGUGGGAUGAACAUCUGGUCCAUGCUGCCAAUCAGAACAUCAGACACUUCAUGUCACAUGACCUGGUGGUGACUGAGAGGAGGGCGGAGCUCCAGAGCUCAGCGUCUCUCCUCUCCUUCCCGCUCUCCUUCAGAGUGAGUCGUGGUCCCCUCAGUGCUCCUCCCCUCCUCUCUCUGUCUGCUCCACCCACAAACUCCAGGUUUCCCAACAACGUCACCUUCAUCCAGGGCAGCUAUGUGUCAGAGGAGGAGGCGUGGCCUGGCCAGGGCCAGUAUGAUGUCAUAAUAUGUCUGGGUAUCACCAAGUGGAUGCACCUACAGUCGGGCGACAUGGGCGUGGUCAGGCUCUUCAGGCGUGUGUUUGACAGCCUGAUGGCGGGCGGAAUUUUCAUCCUGCAGCCGCAACCGUGGAGCAGCUACAGCCGCAGCAAGAGGGCCUCGGAGACGACAUACCGCAACUACAGGAGUCUGAGACUGAGACCAGAACAGUUCACCUGCUACCUGACUGAGACUGUGGGCUUCACCUCCUACAGGCUGCUGACACGUGCAGGUAAGCAGCGGCCAAUCUACAUGUUCCACAAAGGUCCCGCCCUCAGACAAUGAGGUCACAGGGUCGACCUGUUAUGGACAGAAAACAUUAUUUUGGUGUUGUUGAAAGACUUGCAGCUGAUGCCUGGAAUCUACUGAGCCAUCAGAGACUCUGAUUGGAGCUGGUUUGUUCAAAGAAACUCAAGGAUUGUGGGCGGAGCCUCUGAUUCAGAAAGGUGAUUGGACGAUAUGGGGCUGGACACAACUAUUAAA